UUAGCAUUUGUACUUUCGAUUUCAAAGUGGUUUAAUUAGAUUGGAGCCCAUUAAACAAAACAAAUCUCGUUUAUAUGUUGCAAGAGUGAUAAGAAUAAUCUAACUCAUCAGCUGGAAUAACGUCGUGUAUAGUUCAUUGACCUUUAUGUAGAACCUUUGCGACAUUUUCAUCUAGAGUGCAUAAGAUAUAUAUAUACAUUUAAAUCAGUCGCAAUUUGUUUUUAAAAUGGAUAUCAGAGGCAUUUUUUCAAAGUGUGAGAUUAAACCAUACUUUACAAUAUAUAUGGAUACGUAACUAUACACGAAUACAUCUUUGUUUAGGGAAUUCUCCAUACAUGCAUCGUAUUUUGCAUUGUUAUAAUAAAACAGUUUCACUAAAUUUAUGUUCGGGAAUCCCCGAAACAAAAAUAAACAAGCGUGAAGAGAUGAAGGAUAACACUGCUAUAUCUAAUGGCACAUACAUUUAAUCUUUCGAAUGAUAUAAACUUAUUUAUUAUCAAAACUUAUGUGAAGGUUUAAACAUAAAAUUCCAAACAUAUUAUAAAACAUGUUUGUGCAUGUACAGCACAGUACAUGUAAUUUGAUCGUUUUGCGUGUCUGAUCUAAUGAAAAUACGAAGAAAACCGGUGUUGUGUUUUAAUAUUUACUUUACGUCAUUCAGAAGGAUUUAUGUCAGUCGUCCCAUUUGAAAAUUAAGUUAUUGUGCAUGGACUGAAGAAUGGAUAUUGAACUCAAGGACAUAGGUACACGAAACUGGGUGAAAACGUGGCUAGCGCUCAGAUGUUUUAAAGACGCUAUUCUACCUUUUAUGAAAGACCAAUGUGCUAAACAAUACCUGAAGGACAUUAGUUAUAUUAAACACCUUUCGGGAUCGAAAGCAUAUACGUGCAAUUUGUGUAAAGUUGAUGAAUUAAAACCACCCAAAAAGAAAAAGACAAACAAGGUUUGUCCAGACAACGGGAGUUGUGGGUAUUUAUGUGAUCGGAUAAUAGACGUGCACGUCAAGAAUGCUCCCAACUGGUCCAAUACCAAUUCCGAAUUUUGGUCAGAUGAUACACGUGGUCCAUGGGAAAGGAUCAAGUGCUUCAUUCAUACUCCAGGGUACAAGGAGAAGAAAGACAUUUCAGAGGCGGAUAUAACAGCUUUUGUGCAGAUUUGCACCAGCAACGAAUUGUUGAAGACGGCAUUCGGCACCGACUUAGAAUGUCUUGAAAAGGUUCGGGAUAUUCGGAACGGAAUGUGUCAUUCAGGAUCAAUGGCGGUGUCUGGGAAUGAUUUUCUGACAUACGUGAGACUUAUUGAAAAAGCACUCAAGCUUACUAUUUUUGAUGGCUAUCCAUCUGCCAAUGAAGAGCUUAACAAGCUGCACACUUUAGAACAUGACAACGGAAAAGUAACAAUAGAAGACGAAAUGACUGCUAGAGAAGAAACUAUUGAAGCCAUCAGAGAGGUGAAAAAGAUGUUAGAGCAACAAGUCAGUACAGACCUUUUCAAAAAAGAAAUAGCCAAUUUAAAAACUAACGAAGACGAACACAUACGAUUACUAGAACAAAGAUUUAUUUAUAUAGAGAAACAUUUGCUAACAUUACAAGAGGACCACACGAAAAACAAAACGCGUUUGGAAGAGCACAAGAAAAUCGUAAGCAACAUACAAAAAGGAAUUGCUGCUCAACAUACGACCAUUAACGAGAUUGCUGUUGAUGCCAAGAAAAUUUUAGGUCACUCUGAACAGAUUCCUCAAAUUUUGGCAGUAGUUAAUCAAUUGUUCGAGAAGUCAUUGCAGUCGCCAACACCUAUUACUGUUCAAGUACCAGAUUCAAAACUCGUGGUGAACGUGAACAUUUCUCAGGGCGAAACACUCGUUUCCGAUGUGUUAGUAAAAUCCAUGAACGGUGUUCGCCAGGGUGUACCAAUAACUGUUCUGCAGCAACGACUCCAAACAGUAGUUGAUGAACUAUUUAAAGGAGGAGUCGACCUCAUAGACGUAAAAAAUGAAUGCAUGGCGCUUUACAUAAGAUUUGCCAAUUUUAACAGCUGGUUAGAAUUUUUAAGCAAAUAUCUGACUGGAAUAAUAGCGAAGGCAUUUCUACCAGUUCAAGAACACCUACGGACAUAUCUUGGGUUUGAAGAUCUCGAACUAAAAGUAGACGUAUAUGAAGAGGAUUUCGAGAAGUGUGUCCAGUCAAUCCUCUAUCAACUGGCACCAACCAUGUUGACUGUCUGUGGGCAAGAUGGCGAGAGGAACGAUAAAACUCAUACAAUUGACCAAUUGUCACUUUAUGUUUCUCCAGGAAGACCAGUCGAGAGUUACGUAACACAGGGAUACGUGUUAACUGAUGAAGAUUUAACUUACCCGAACAAGUUACUUAUUAGGGGAAUUCCCUUGUACAAUACCGAGAUACACAUAGCCAAAUAUAUGCUUGCAACAACUGGAUACAUCAUGGAACAGGGGUCGAUGACAUUUCAUACACGUGACCCCACUGUUGCCUUGGCAACUUUCAAAGAAAAUAUUGAUAUCAAUAAAGUAAUCAGGACAUGCACGGCACGUCCGUUGGACAACGCAGAAUUGUUAUUCAGCCCAGUUCCUAUGACAAGAAAUGUGUACAUCACACACUUACCUGCUGACUUGGACACAGAGACCAUCAAGUCGUAUUUUGAUAGUCAAUCGAAAAACUCUGUAUUAGAAGUGAACAUGAAAGAAGACAGAGUUUCGUGCAUAGUAAUCUUCCGAAAUACAGCGAUUGUUGACAUACUGUUGAGGCUCACUCACACCAUUGCGGGACGGCAUAUUGAAGUAUACAGAUAUUUUCCUUGUAUCGAACGAAGUGAAACUGCUAUUCUGACAAGUGCCGUGUAUGAACAAACAACCGUUUGCGUCAGUCGACCUCGAAACGAGGAAAUGGAUGUUCUUGAUAGUCAAAACUACGCUGGUUAG